AUGAUGUUGAUGAUUUUGGCCACAUAUUUAAUUAUCUUUAUUAAAACUAUUAGUUAUGUUUAUGACGAAUUUGAAUCAAGGAUCAAACGUUGGACUGACGGAAAACAAUGGUCGCCAAGUCGUAUUCAGGGAGAUUUCUUGGUGUAUCAUGAAUUGUGUGCACGAUUUCCUGAUAUAAAAAAAUACGAAGAUUUAGAUGACAUGAUUAAGAAGCGAAUAGAAAUGGAAAAUUUGAAAUAUUAUAUUUGUAAUAAAGGAACAUUCAUACAUCGCAAAGAUGGAUUAUUCAAGAAAACUAUUUCUGUAAAGACGGAUGGUGGUCUAAACCACAUGGUUAUUUAUGAAAAUAAAGGAAAUCAUGACAAUCUCUAUCCACCGAGUGCAUAUUUAGAAUUAUGCAAUAUAGAACCAAGUCAAGAAUUAAUUCUUAAUGGAGCGUUACGCAAGAACAAAGACAUCAUCUUAACUUUCGACCAUCUACAUUUGCCAUUACAACCAAAACUUACAAAAUUAGUUACCACCAAAACUACAAUUCAUAAUAACAAUAACGAUAUGGAAAUCAUAGAAGAACAAUCAUUCAAGCAAGACCUUGAACAUCAUCUUCUUCAUUUUAACGAUGAGAAUAACGACGAGAAUAAAUUACUUGGUUAUCCAUUUCCAUCAUUUCCACAAUUCCCAUUUCUUCUUGAACCUAAAUCAUUCUUGCCAAAUAACGAUUUUGAAUCACCUGAUGAUACACCUUUAGUGACACCAUUGAUGACUCCUAAUGAUGAAUUACACACGAGCCCCAUUUUUUAUCAAGAAAAUAAAGUAGAAGAUGUCACUGCUGCAAUGUAUAUUACGAAAAGUGAAAAAAUAGGACAAAUAAAUAAUGAUGACGAUGGAACUGCCAUGUUGAUGACGAAAAUUAAAAUCGAUUAUUCUUCAUUCGGGGAAGGAUCUUCCAAUGAUAUUACUAUUAACAACAACAAUAUUAUUAAUUGUAGCAAUGAUAAUGGUUUGGAACCAAUUAUUACUCAAACUACAGUUGGCACAACAUCAACAAAUUAUCUAUUGUCGACAAACAACAAUAUGCGAUCAUGUCAAGAUUCUUUAGAAAAUGAGACAUUGUGCAUCGACCCUCUCAAGAAUGAACUAAAAACUAGAACUCGUCUUGAGAAUGGACAAUGGUGCGAGGAUGAUGAGACUGCAUUUGUUGAACUUCUUGAAAAAGAAUUAGACAAGGUCUAUGAAUUUCAGAAGGUAAAAUCUGGAGAAAUAAAUAGGCGAAUCCUACAUUCAGAGAAAGAAAUCAAAGAUAUCAUCGAAUUAGGUUCUGCUGCCAAAGAAGAAAAUUAUACUUUACUUGAUACAGAAUUGUCAAUGAUCAUAGCUGAUGUUCAUGACCUUGCUAAAUUUACAAGAUUAAAUUAUACUGGCUUUUUAAAAAUUAUUAAAAAACACGAUAAACAAACAAGAUGGGUGCUCAAACCCAUGUUCAUGGUUCGGCUAAAUGCCAAACCUUUCUAUAAAGAAAAUUAUGAUGCGCUAAUAGUAAAAUUAUCACGUCUUUAUGAUAUAGUUCGUACUCGUGGGAAUCCUACAAAGGGUGAUUCUAGUGCUGGUGGUCAACAACAAAAUUUUGUUCGUUCAACUACAAAAUAUUGGGUUCAUCCGGACAACAUAACAGAGAUCAAAUUGAUCAUUUUAAAGCAUCUACCCGUUCUAGUGUUCAAUCUAGAUAAGGAUUUUGAAACAUCAGAUUCAGCCAUCACCUCAAUUUAUUAUGACAAUGAAAACUUUGACCUCUAUACUGGUAGAUUGGAAAAAUCUGAAGGUGCUGAAGCUAUCAGAUUAAGGUGGUAUGGUGGAAUGGAUACCGAGGAAAUUUUUGUCGAACGCAAAACCCACAGAGAAGAUUGGACUGGUGAAAAAUCUGUGAAGGCGCGGUUUCGCAUCAAGGAAAAACAUGUAAAUAAAUAUUCUCUCGGACAAUACACGAUGGAAAAUGAGUUCGAGAAGAUGAAGGCCAAGGGAAAAGGGGAAGAUGAAAUUACAAGUUUAGCCAGAUUGGCUAAUGAAGUCCAAUAUAGAAUCAUUACAAAAAAAUUAAAACCAGUCGUCCGCACCUUUUAUAAUCGUACGGCAUUUCAAUUACCCGGUGAUGCUCGUGUUCGUAUAUCACUCGACACUGAGUUGACCAUGGUUCGUGAAGAUAAUUUUGAAAAUAAUCCAAAUUUACGUUCUGGAAAUAAUUGGCGAAGAAUGGAUAUUGGUAUUGAUUAUCCAUUUUCACAAUUACCUGAUGGUGAAGUUGAAUUGUUCCCUUACGCUGUACUGGAAGUCAAGUUACAAACUCAACAUGGUCAAGAACCUCCAGAAUGGGUUCAAGAAUUAGUUCAUAGUCAUUUGGUUGAAGCCGUGCCCAAAUUUUCUAAAUUUAUUCACGGAGUUGCAACUCUUAUGGAGGAUAGAAAAAUUCAACUUUUUCCUUUCUGGCUUCCACAAAUGGACAUUGAUAUUCGCAAAAAACCAGAAAGACCUACUUCUUUCCAACUAAAGCGUCCUAGGUCAGCUUCUGAUAUGACCACAAGUGUAACAACUGAAGCAUCAAGUACUCAAGUAGAUGAUGACGACAACAUUGAAGUUUUAAUUGAUACAUUACUUCUAAAUGAUAAUAAAAAACGCACCCAAAAAUAUAGUGAUUAUGGAUCACGUGAAGUACCAAAUAUUCUUGAAGAAGAGGAAGAAAUACUAGCAACAAUAUCAUCGGGUCGUCUUCCAAAAUUACAUCGUGGUAAGCCUAUCGCAAUACCAGUGCGCAUUGAACCAAAAGUAUUUUUCGCAAACGAAAGGACAUUCUUAUCUUGGUUGCAUUUUACUAUCCUUUUGGGUGGUAUGGCACUGGGACUAUUGAACUUUGGUGAUGAUGUUGCACAAAUAUCAUCAUUCCUGUUUACUGCUAUUGCCAUGAUGAUAAUGUUAUAUGCUCUUGGAACUUUCCUUUGGCGUGCUAGAAUGAUUAGGAGACGUAGUCCGGGACCUUAUGAGGAUCGUGUUGGACCUACUUUUAUAUGUGCAACUUUGAUGGCCGCUAUAAUAACUAAUUUCUGGCUUAAGUUUUCAAGUAAUAAAGCCUUUAAAAUCAAUGCUUUAGCUGCUACUAGAAAUUAUUCCGUAAUACCACGUAUAGAUUAUCGAACUGUUUCUAGUGUGAAUGGACCACUUGUAGUUUUAGAUAAUGUCAAAUUUCCAAAAUUUGCUGAAAUUGUUAAUUUAACAUUACCUGAUGGCAGUCGACGUGCUGGUCAAGUAUUAGAAGUUCAAGGAAAAAAGGCCAUUGUUCAGGUUUUUGAAGGAACGUCGGGAGUUGAUUCUAAAGCUACUCAUGUUGAAUUUACUGGUGAUACACUUAAAAUUCCAGUUUCUGAGGAUAUGUUGGGUCGUAUAUUUAAUGGAUCCCCAAUCAACCCAUUUUCUCGUAUUUACCCUGAAGAAAUGAUACAGACUGGUAUUUCAGCAAUAGAUACAAUGAAUUCAAUUGCUCGUGGACAAAAAAUUCCUAUAUUUUCUGCUGCUGGAUUACCUCAUAAUGAAGCUGGUCUUGUAAAAAAAGUUGAUAAAGGAAUAUUUGAUGAUCAUGAAGACAAUUUCUCUAUUGUAUUUGCUGCUAUGGGUGUAAAUAUGGAAACUGCAAGAUUUUUUAAACAAGAUUUUGAGGAAAAUGGUUCUAUUGAGCGCGUAACUCUGUUUUUAAAUUUGGCUAAUGAUCCAACAAUUGAACGUAUCGUAACUCCUCGACUGGCACUUACAACUGCUGAAUAUUAUGCUUAUCAACUUGAAAAGCAUGUAUUGGUUAUUUUAACAGACAUGAGUUCAUAUGCCGAUGCUUUGCGUGAGGUUUCAGCAGCACGUGAAGAAGUUCCUGGUCGCCGUGGUUAUCCUGGUUAUAUGUAUACCGAUUUAUCCACGAUUUAUGAGCGUGCUGGUCGUGUAGAAGGAAGGAACGGAAGUAUCACACAAAUUCCAAUUCUGACUAUGCCUAAUGACGGAUAUAUCACAGAAGGACAAAUUUUUGUUGAUCGUCAAUUGCACAAUCGACAAAUUUAUCCACCCAUCAAUGUAUUACCUUCUCUUUCUCGCUUAAUGAAAUCUGCUAUUGGUGAGGGUAUGACUAGAAAAGAUCACGGAGAUGUUUCCAACCAAUUGUAUGCUAAAUAUGCCAUUGGUAGAGAUGCAGCUGCUAUGAAAGCCGUUGUAGGUGAAGAGGCAUUGAAUCAAGAAGAUAAACUUUCACUUGAAUUUUUGGAAAGAUUUGAAAAAACUUAUAUUGCACAAGAUAGUGCUUGGGGAAUUCUUCGAGUUUUCCCCAAAGAAAUGUUGAAUCGUAUACCACAAAAGGUUUUGCAAGAGUUUUAUCAACGUGAUAGAAAGGCAAAAG